UCUCAACAGACAGAUGAGAGAGAAACAUUGGGAGCACAGCAACAGGUUGGAGUUGUUGAACUUUCUACAUCUGAUCUUUUCAUUGUAUUUUCUUAAAGAGUCUGAAACAGUGAAAAGGUCUCUGCAAGAUUAGUUCAUGGACAAAAACUGUGGUCGAAUGUAGUGUGAAUUGUUAUUUGGCAUAUUGGUAUUUUGGUCAAGUGGAGCAUCCUUAAGUGGUCAGGUAACCACCACAAGUGUUAGGUUCUUCAUAAAUGCAGUUUGUGAGAUCCAAUUUUAAGCAACUUGGAUGCACUGAUGGGACUGAUCAUCUGAAUAAAUCAAUCAACUUUGACCAAAACUUCCACCAAACUUUUCUCCAGUGAAGCAUCACGACAGGUUGAAGUGCCGUCAGGAACUUUUCUUGAGCUUCUCGGGAUGUUUUCCACGACUCUCCUCCUCACCGCCCUCUGCGUUUUUGCGCACCCGGACGCUUUUACGCACGGGUGCCAGCUCCCCUCCGAGUGGCGGCCGCUGAGCGAGGGCUGUCGGGCGGAGCUGGCGGAGAUCAUCGUGUACGCCCGGGUCUUGGCGAUCCACCGAGAGCCCCUGGGCGGCGGGGCGGGCAGCCUGUACAACUCGCUGCCCUUCGGGUUCGGGUACGGGUACGAGGGCGCGGAGGAAGGGCUGCUGUACUCGGCAGAGGUUGAGCUGCUGUGCGACCAGGCUUGGGGCAGCAUGCUGGAGGUUCCCUCUGGAUCCAGGCUCAACCUGACCGGGCUGGGUUACCUGUCCUGCCAGUCCCACACUGUGAUGGAGAACUACUCCUACUUCUUCUUCCUCAGGAUGGACGAGAACUACAACAUCCUCCCCCAUGGCGUCAACUUCCAGGACGCCAUCUUCCCCGACACAACUGAGAACAGGCGCACAUUCUCCAGCCUCUUCCAGUUCUCCAACUGCACCCAAGGGAGCCAGCCGUUCCACACCUUCAGCCCCGAGUGGGACACCCAGGAGGACAGCAGGCUGCUGUGCUCCUCGGUGCAGGCGGCGCUGUUUGAGGAGGAGGAGCGCGGCCGCAAGCUGCAGGAGCGCAUGGCCUCAGCGGAGAGGAGGAACCGGCAGCUGAAGGAGCGCGUUCGCAAGGUGAAGCGCUCCCUGAGGAACGCCCGCAAGGCCACGCGCAGGGCCGAGCAGGCGCUCCAGGAGAUGCGGGAGAGGCUGAAGGCUGCCGAGCGGAGAGAAGGGCAUCACCUGAACGCCAUCACGCAGGAGGAACCUCCACCUGGGCGUUACGCAAGCACAGCAAUGCGCCAGCGAAUGCAACUUUAACUUGUCCUACCUGCCCCAACCUGCCACACACCUGGACUGAAUAUUGGCUGUGGAGAGUGAGAGACUGCUGGGCGGUCUCUAAGAUAGGGACAAACAAAUAGCAACUGUCACAAAUGAGUAAACACACUUUUAUUGUAAUAAUCUGCAUAGAUUUAAUGUAAGCAAAGUACUCUAACCCUUUUUUAUAUCCCUGAUUGCAAUAACACAACAGUGAGGGUCAGGAUGAUUCCUGGUCACCUGACAAAAGGACAGAAAAGUUUCCUGACAGAGAAUCAAACAUUUAUGUUGUUGAUAAUUCCUCUUGCAGGUGGAGCAGCUCUUGAGCUCAGCUGCCUCAGGGCUCCUUCUCAGGCUGUGAUCACAUUUGACGGGAUUUCGCUCCAAUAUUAAGCACAACUGUGAGUGAGCAGUAGUAACGGCACCAGCAGGCGCUUGUCAGAGUGUAAAGAGUGACACGUUAUUGUGAUUUGCCAUUCACAACUGUCUCGUUUUCCCAACCCAAUGUAGGAGAAGUCAGUGCUUUUAAACAGAGACCGAUAAAUGAAUGUGAUCACGGCCUAAUGGAGUGCUGAUAUAUUUUAAACACACUGUGAUUAAUCACCUUUCACUUCUAAUGAAAUUUUGAGCAGAGAGUGGCAGCCUGUGUCUGUGAAUGAGAAUUCCUGGAUGUUUGAGACGGUUCAUUUAUUAUUAAUUCAAGUCUGGAACAUUGGCUUGUGUGUGAAUAUUUUUGUAUGAAUGUUUUUCUGCUUAUAAAAUCUAAGUUGGACGAACAA